AUGUCCCACUCGACACUGCUCGUCCGGCCGCCGGCGCCGGCGAAUCCGUCCCUUCCGCUUCGCCGGUGCGCGCCCGUAUCCGCAGCGGCGGCGACGCUCCGCACGUUUCCUGCCGCCUCCUCCGUGGCUCAGUGCUCUAGGCUGCGCACCAAGUGCAGGUUUGCUGCCCCCGGUGUCAGAGAAGAUUACUCUUCUACGCCAAUCGAUGUGGUAGCAGACGUCAAAACAGAGAAGAUUGUAGUGUUGGGAGGAAGUGGAUUUGUUGGUUCUGCUAUAUGCAGAGCUGCGGUAGCCAAAGGCAUUGAGGUUGUGAGCCUCAGCAGGUCAGGAAGACCAUCUUACUCUGAUCCUUGGGCUGAUGAAGUUACUUGGCUAGCAGGAGAUGUUUUCUAUGCAAGAUGGGAGGACGUGCUAGUAGGGGCUACUGCUGUUGUGUCUACCCUUGGAGGAUUUGGUAAUGAAGAACAGAUGAAAAGGAUAAAUGGUGAAGCAAAUACCAUAGCAGUAGACGCCGCGAAAGAAUUUGGGAUCCCGAAAUUUAUUUUGAUCUCUGUUCAUGAUUACAACCUUCCAUCCUUUCUCCUUACCUCGGGCUAUUUCACUGGUAAGAGAAAGGCUGAAUCUGAAGUCCUCUCCAAAUACCCAUCCUCAGGUGUUGUAUUGAGGCCUGGGUUUAUUUACGGUAAAAGGAAAGUAGAUGGCUACGAGAUACCGCUCGACAUCGUAGGGCAACCACUAGAGAAGCUACUUUCCUCUGUCGAAAAUUUCACCAAACCAUUGAGUGCAUUGCCUGGUUCGGACCUGGUCCUCGCACCCCCUGUGAACGUGGACGAUGUCGCCUACGCCGUGAUCAACGCCGUCAUAGACGACAGCUUCUUCGGAGUGUUCACAAUCGAGCAAAUCAAGGAGGCGGCAGCCAGUGCCAGAGUGUAG